AUGCACAUAAAUCAUUUCAAUCAUCCUUCUCCUACUGAUUAUGAAAUCUUUUACUAUUUUGAAUAUGAUAAGAAUCAUGAUGAGUCAAUAACACCUGUUGAGGGAAUCACAAAGAUGAAUUUUACACUUCCAUUUAAGAGUUAUUUUAGGUUUAUUGGUUCAUGUCAAGGUUUGAUAUGUCUUGUUAAAGGACGAUCUGUUAUUUGUAACCCUAUCACUAGGGAAUAUGUGAUGCUUCCAGAAAUUAAGGGAGAUUGGUAUGACAGUUUGGAUCUGGAAUGUAUUUGGAUGUGUGGAUUCUGUUAUGUUUCUUCCACAGACGAUUAUAAAGUUUUACGAAUAUAUGGAGGGACGAAACCUUGGAAAGUGUACAUAUACACCCUGGGCUCUGACAGUGGAUGGAGAAAACUUGAAGAGUUCGAUUCUACAUACAAUUUCCAUCAUUUGAAUGAUGCUGGUACCAUUGCCAAUGAAUGUUUUUAUUGGAUGGAUGAUGAAUUAAAAAUGAUUGGUACCUUUGAUUUCAUUGAGGAAAAGUUUUGUGAAUAUCUUUCACCACCUCCUUUGCCACCACAUAGACAUAGUGAUUGGUGUUAUUCUCACAUAGGGGUUUUGGAUGGGUUUUUGUAUUUUAUUAGUAACCUGAAUAUUAAUCACAAAUUCCGUGACUUAUGGCUAUUAAAAACGAAGAAUGACAUAGGGCUAGAUGAAAAUCAGUCGUUGGGUUGGAGUCAAGAGUUUAGGAUUGACAGAAGCAUAUUAUUAGCAGUUGCAAAGAAAUAUGGUGCUUUCAACUUAUACUGGUACCACCUCAACAGUUAUGACAUAAAUGCUUCAACGUCAGAAAGGCUUGUGGAACUUAAGGAAAGGAAAUGUAGACUUAUCGCGCACAAGAAAAGCUUGGUUUCGUUCAAAGAAUUAGGGGAACGAGAUACACAAACAAUGGAGCAGUUGAAGGAGACAAGAAAGCCUUGA